CCCAGCCGGUGGCAUACCGACCCUGGCUCUUCCAGGCUCCAGUGUAGUUACAUCAGCUCCAGAGGGAACGCAGCUUCCUAGUGUGCCAGACAAACAGGCAUGGCGCUGAGCAUGUUUUGUGGCAUAGAGGAUCUCCUGGCCUCUGGGAGUCAGUUUGUGUGGAGUUUGACUGAACAGGUGUUGAGAAGAUGCUACAGUGAUGGGCUUGUGCCCUGUAGGAGAUUCCUGCAAGCAUGGUGCCAUCUGGGAGAUGUCUAUGAGAUGACGGAGGGCCGGCUGUGCCAGGUGCUUCUGCUGGAUGACAGGCAGUUGGAACUGCUGGUUCAGCCAAAACUUUUGUCCCGUGAUCUCUUGGACCUGGUUUCAUCCCAUUUCAACUUGAAGGAGAAAGAAUAUUUUGGAAUCUCCUUCACUGAUGAGAGGGGUCAGACAAAAUGGCUACAACUGGACCGCAGAGUGCUGGACCAUGACUUUUCCAAAAAGACUGGACCAGUUGAUCUCAAAUUCCAAGUCAGGUUUUACAUCGAGAGUGUUGCAUAUUUGAAAGAUGCCGUCACUGUCGAACUGUUUUUCCGGAAUGCUAAGAUAUCUGUAUACAAUGGAAACCUUGAGGUGGAGAGUGAGACUGUUUUUAAGUUAGCAGCAUACACAGUGCAGGAGGCAAACGGAGACUACACAAGUGAUGAAAGCGCAAGAACGGACAUCAAGAAGCUUCCAGUUUUCCCCACCACAGUUUUAAAGGAGCAUCCAUCAUUAGCCUUCUGUGAAGAUAAAGUAAUCCAGCAUCAUAAAAAGCUAAAAGGACUGAGUCGUGGACAGGCCAUCAUACGGUAUCUUACAUUAGUUGAAUCCUUACCUGCGUAUGGAGUUCAUUACUACAAAGUGAAGGAUAAGCAAGGCUUACCAUGGUGGUUGGGUAUUAGCUACAAAGGCAUCGGCCAGUACGACCUGCAAGACAAGCUCAAGCCACGCAAGCUCUUUCUGUGGAAGCAGCUUGAGAACUUGUAUUUCCGUGAGAAGAAAUUUGCCGUAGAGGUCAACGACCCUAAAAGAAGGACAGCCUCUAGACGCACAUUUGGUCAGUCUGGUCAGGUCAUCCACACGUGGUAUGCCAGCCACUCUUUGAUCAAAACCAUCUGGGUGAUGGCAAUAAGCCAACACCAGUUCUAUCUGGACCGCAAACAGAGUAAAGCUAAAAUAACCACAGCAAGAAGUUUGGGUGACAUUGCCAUGGAUCUGACAGAGACCAGAGCCCCGAGGAACAGUAAGCUGGUCAGCAUGGAAAGUAAAGACAAACUCAUCAUGGCCAGCAAUGGAAGCUUGGGCUCCUCAAAUUCUGCAGACAAUGAGGUGAAUGAGGAGCAGAAGAAAGAAAAGAUUGCAGAACUUAAGAAUAAACAAAAGAAACUGGAGGAUCUUCUAGCGCAAAAGUUGGAUGAGCUGAAGAAAGUCUGCCUUCGAGAAGCGGAGUUGACCGGUACGUUACCUAAAGAGUAUCCCCUGGUGUAAGGAGAGAAGCCCCCCGCCGUUCGAAAGCGCAUGGGAACCGAAUUCAAACUAGAUGACCUUUUCCCUUAUGAUGCUGACCCAAGCUUAAGAAACCUGGAGGGCCGCUUUGCUCUUCAGAAGAAGAUUGUGGAGGCAGCACAAAAACUCGCUUAUGAAAAUGAACUCUGUAAAACUGUGAGGAAAAAGAGGAGGAGAAACCUUUUGGAUGCUACGAAAAAGCUCCAAGUGAUCGAGAAUGAGAUUAAUGCUUACAGAGUGAAGAUUGGCAAGGAGCCCACACAAAGAGCUUCGGUCAUCAUUGCUGAUAAUGUGAGCCUUGACAACCUUUCUGACUGCUUGACUUUGGAUGAUGAUGAGCCAUCGCAUAGAUCACGUUCCCGUUCAGUGCAGUAUUCGCCACGUCCCAACUCGACAAACUCCUUUCCUGCGCAAUACCAUUCAGAUCGCAUUAAUCCCAUCAAUGACGACAACCAGGACUACAGCGGAUUAAAUCAUGACGAAGUCCAAGAAUCUUUGGGCUAUGUACAUGGAGAUACCUUAUCGACACACAGCAGCCCCUACCAUCAACCCUCACGUCAACCCCAUGACUCCCGGAGCAUGCCCCCCACCCCGCAGCUUCCCCGCAAUGCCUACAGCAGUAUCCAGCUCAGCACUCAUUUUCGGCAGCGCAGCGGCAGUCUGGAAUCUCAGUCACAGUUCCUUACGGAGAGCGAGCCACCCGAGCCAGUCUACCCGGGCUCUCCUCGCCGUAGCAACAGUACCGAAAUCCUCGACGACGGCUCCUCCUACACCAGCCAGUCCAGCGUGGAGUACAGUGUACCCGGCUAUCAUUCCCGCGCCCAAAAUCGCCACCGACGGAGGCAAGGCAAUAUUUACGCCAACACGGGCAGCAUGCCCAAUCUAGCCCAACCUCGGCAUCAACCAAGCACUAUGGCCUAUUACAUUACCGGAUACCCACACUACAUGGACCCUGAAAUGUACCCAAAAGAACCGUACAUGUACGAGACUGAGAUGGAGGGACACUAUAAUGUUAACGCCUCCUACCACAGACACGAGCCCCAAGGGAUCUACGGUCAGGAUGAGAUGGACGGUAUGGCACACAACGUGUAUGCCACAUUAAGGCCAUCAAGGAACCGUCCACCAUCUAGGAACGAUAAUGUUGCCAAGAGCAUGCCAAGGGCUGAAGUGGUGGAACACUUGAGGGGUUGGUAUAACCGACAACACAGACAACAGGGGUAUGAUACGUGCAGAUACCCCCAGCAAAACCUCGGCUAUAGGACCAUAUCACCUGGUUACGUACGCAGUGACAGUAUGGCUUCCUACUCAACAGUGAGUUCAGGGAAUUGGAACGGUCGAGCGGUCAUGGGAAUGCCUCAUGAGUAUGAAAUGCCUCAUACACACCAUCAGUCUUACGGCUAUGCCACUGUCCAUCACGGUCACUCCUUACACAGCAGACGCGAACGUGCUUGGCACUACCCUGCCAGCCCUCCGUACUAUCCUCCUCAUUACUCCCAAGCUUGCUUUUCCUCCCUUCCUCCUCCUCCUUCCUCUUGCUAUCAGAUGAAGCAGACCGGCUUGUCCCCGCCUCAAACCGGUGGUGCAAAACUCGAAAGGGUUAAUAAAGCUUCGUUUGCUAAGUGUAGCCCCUGAUAAUCGUACAUGGACAUAACCCAACACGAUUCAUACACGAGCAGUCCAAUUGACAGCAGUUUCGACUCUGAAGACCAGCAGAAACUUUAUUGGCACACAGACUCAAAACCGGGAACAAUAGUGUAGAGAGCGAGUGGAAAAAAUUCUCACGGACUCUCAUGUGCCUUGCUCUCAAAGAUGAAAUACACCAGCCUAAACAGGAAUGUAACCAGACAAGAGCCUUUAAGCAUGUGCAUGGUUGAUCCUGCUGGGUGACUUUAAAAAAGGGCAAUGCCUUUUCUUUGAGAACGGACUUUCGGAGAGUGACAGCACUUGGGCGUUAAGACUGAACUGUACUUGGACGAAGCUGCUUUGGAAACUUGGGGUGGAACUUUUAAUCCUGUAUUGUACAGCAGGUCGAACGGAGUGGUUGUGUUUUCAGCCACUGUGUACAGACUAAUCUCAUAACACUCAUGUGACUUUGAAGGAUACUGCAAACAUUACAAUUACAGCAGACACAAGCAAACAAUAAUAUGAAGGAUUGAGCCCGGACAAAUUUAUUUUGUGCUAAGCUUCACCAAAAUACCUUUCAGUGCUUUUUCACACUCUUUCAUAUGCUGAUCUAAUCUUUUCUUAAGAAAUUUUUUACUUCGUCUUCUGUUUUGUUUGAACCAAAAGUAUGUGGAAUGUGACUGUGCAGGAAAAGCCUUUGUAUUCAGUAUUUUCUCACACUAAAGUCUCACUUUAAGUGCAUUUACAGUACACGUGUCUUUGCCACUUGUACACCGGUGCAUCAACCAGUAACACUGUUUUUGAUUCGUGUGCAACUGAUACUUGGACCAAUCACAAGCAGUAUUACUGAGCUUGUUUUUGCACAUACCAAGUAGUUGUCGGUCAUGCCUGGGGUCAGCGUUUUUCUUUGCGUGAGCCAGUGCAAGUUUUAUAUUUUUACUAAUUCUGCCAAAACAGAAAGUGAAUCUUUGCAGAAAGAACUAUUUUUGGCUAAAGUGGCGGAUGUAAUGAGAUGGCAAUUGUUCUCAUACAUUCAUUAACAGACUGCCAGGUAGAGUACAAGUAAUUCUGGGCAUUUAUAACUGCACUUUUGAACUCUAAUGAAUUUUGCUCAACUCUUAAGAUUGGAACUAUGAUGUAGUGCACAGCUUUUUUCUUUUUUCCAACAGAGAAUGUAAAUGUAUUUGUAAAUAAUGUAAAAAGUUUGUUACAUUUUUUGACCUUUUAGAAAGAUUUGUUUUUAUCAUUUGGAAAAAUUUGUUUUGAAAACAUAAUAUAUAGUUUGGAUUUGUCAAGCUGGUUCUUAGAAAAUUCUCUACAAAAAUGUAAUGGGAAUUAAAAAAUACAAAAAUCCAUUGUCUUGUUUUUC